AUGAGUGGCGUGACCGCAUUGGAGCAACGGCAGCACCCCGGAACAUCAGCAGCAGAUUGGGCAAGGGCACCACUAUCAUCAGGACUAUCAAGCGCUGGUUCGCUCGCUUCGCGACUGGAGAAACCGAUUUCAAAGACAAGCCUCAGUCGGGAGGCCCCCACGCUGUCGAAGAGUCCGCCACUCUCGACGUUGUCAAAGAGGAUCCGGAGAUCAACACCCACAGUCUUGCGACGAGUCUCGGGUGUAGCCAUCCAACAGUCGUCAGUCGACUACAGGCUCUCGGCUACAAAAAAGCGCUGGCUCAAUGGAUACAUCACACCUUGA